AUGAGUUUGAAUUCGAAGGAUAAGGUGUUCGUUCAUCCCAAGGAUGCACCUUAUAACAUUAAAGAGAAGCUAUAUGAAAAUCUAAGCUCGAAAGAAGAGGCUAAUUACAAGAAAGUGUUGGAAUACUUUAGUGAUAGUGGAUUGAAACUAGGAGUUAAAGAAAAUGCCGGUGAAAAAGAUAAUGAGUUGGGGCUUAGCUCAAUUGAAAAGAUGUGGUUGAGUAGAGACUGCAUGAUGCGAUAUUUAAGAGCAUGCAAUUUGGAUGUUGAUGAGACUAUUAAACGAUUGAAGAGCUCUAUUGUUUGGAGAAGAAGCUUUGGAAUAAGUAACGGGAUAUAUGGGGAAGAGUUUUUAAAGAAUUUGGGUAUUUUUGAGAUUAUCAACCACGAAAAUGUGAUUAAACCUGAAGUUGUGAAAGGGGAAAAUGAAACUGGGAAGCAGUUAAUUUUUGGCUAUGACAAAGAAAACCGACCACUAUUGUAUUUGUUCAACGAAAAGGAGAACACCGAAGGAUCACAUCGUCAGGUUGAGUUUUUAAUUUUUAUGUUGGAAAUCAUUAUAGAUUAUAUGCCAUUGAAUGUUGAUAAAUUGGGAUUAUGUGUUGAUUUCAAGAAAUUUCCCGGCGUUGGGUUAAAGAAGAAAAAGAAUCCGUCAGUGAAGUUGAUGAAAGAAAUUCUUAGUAUAUUGCAAUAUCAUUAUCCGGAAAGAUUGGGGUUGGCGGCAUUCUAUGAAAUUCCCAUAUUGGUGAAUGUGCUUCUUAAAAUCUGUUAUCCAUUUGUUGAUCCAUACACCAAGAAGAAGUGUCAUUUUGGCGAAGAAUUCGGGGAAUUCAUUGGCAGCGAUCAACUUAUUACAUUGUACAAAGGUGGAAGCGUUGAUUUCGAAUACAAUCAUGAAAUCUAUUGGGAGGCAUUGAUCAAAAAUGGGCAAUCCAAGAAGAGGCUACAAUAUAGAAACUUCAAUCGACUAGGAGGAAAGAUUGGCUUGACCGAGUUUGAUUUGAAAGCAGAAACACCCGAAAGGCUAUCUAUAAAUAUCAAUUCAACCAUGAAAGCCAAUCCUGAUCAGAUUUUCGAAAAGGAAUAUGAGGUCGUAGAGGGAGAAGUCACUGCAGCACGAUAA